AUGCCGCUGCCGCUGCCGCUGCAGCACCACCCCAGGGACGCCGCCGUCGUCCUCGCCAACCACGCCGCCAACAACGCCGUCGCCAAGGGCAACGGUAUCGGCGGCGGCGCGCUCAGCCUGAGCGAGAGCAGCUGUAGCGGCAGUCCGGGCAGCCCGGGAGAGGCGUCGCUGAGCGCGUCCAUGGCGGCCGCGACGUUGGAGCUGUCGCAGCCGGUGGCGGUGUCGGUGGCAGGCGCCGCCGCCGUGGCCGUGGCACCGCAGCAGCAGCCUGCCGCCGACAACACCGUCUUCGUCAACUCGUGGCACCCGCACGUGUACGGCAAACCGCCGAGGACGCCGACGCCGCACCUCAUAUCGGACAUCCUGGGUUGGGGGCGGAGACCGUCGCCGCCGCAGCAGCAGCCGCUGCCGCCCCCGCCGCUCCCGCACCAGCAGCAGCAGGCGGCGACGCAGCUGGCACCGCCGCCGCCGGCCGCCACGCACAGGCCGACGCUGGUGGCCCCGACGCCCAUCCGCGCCACGCCAUCCCCGUGCGUGACCGCCAUGCACAACCUGACCCUGCUGCAGCCGCCCCCGCAGCAGCCGUCGCCGGCGCUCUGCAACCCCCUGGCGCCCGUCGCCGCCCCCGCCGACGAGGAGCUCAGCAACGAACCGCUCAACCUGACGACCAAAAGCCGCGACGCGUCGCCCACCUCUUCCGUGGGCUCCAUCCGCACGCUGACGCCGCCCGUGGUGCCGCCGCCCGCCCCGGGGAAGCUCCUGCUGCCCAACCACCGGCUAGCGCCCUUCCGCGAGCCUCCGGUCAACGGCGUCGAAGCGGUCGUCACCAUCCCCACGGUCCGCGGACCCCCCGGCGCCGCCGUCAACGGGAGACCCGGCGCCGACGUGGGCGUCGCGACGCCUUCCGCCCCCAAGGGAUCUGCGCACCGUGCCGCCCCCAAAGACGGUUCGGCGCCGACGAAGUCGACUGGAGCGAAACGGAAGAAGGAGGCGAACCCCAGCGGCGGCGCGGCGGGCGGCGCGAUCUUCGAGCUGGAGCGCCAGUUCGAGCAGAAGAAGUACCUCUCCUCCUCCGAGCGCGCCGAGAUGGCCAAGCUGCUCAACGUCACCGAGACACAGGUGCGCGCCGCACUGCCUUCCCUCUCAACACGUCUUCCCCGCCCCUGUCAAAUCGACGUCUACCAAAAGUCUUUCCAGCACACCGUCCUGUGA